UUUCUCUAAAAGGGUCUUCUUCUAUCAUCUUCUUCAGAUCUUCAUAUCUCUCUCUCCUUCUUUUUUUCCCCUUUCACGAAUCCUCUGUUCCGUGAGGUUUUGAGUUAAAUCACUACUUCUUUCAACAAUGGUCGGAAAUUCUGACGGAUUCGAGGUUGCUCCAACGCCAUUGGAGAGCAAACCCGAGCAGAACGGGAAAGGAGAUAAAGUCUCGAUCAAGUUCGGCUCACACAAUGAGCCAAGCAAAAGUAGUGAAGAGACUGGUGUAUCAAAAUCUGAUGUUCCAAAAGAUGUCUCUGAAGACUGGCCUGCAGAGAAGAAGCUUCACGCUUUCUACUUUGUCAAGCAACGCUCAUACGAGGACCCGAAAAUAAAAGCUAAGCUUGAUCAACUUGACCAAGAGUAUCAGAAGCUGAACAGUGCUCGAGCCGGAGUUUUCAAGAAGUUGAAAGCUAAGAGGGACGAGAAAUCUGAGUUAUUCGAUCUUUUGGAGCCGUUGAAAUCUGAGCGUAAGGGAUUCAAUAGCAUGUUUGAUGAGAAGAGGAAAGAAAUGGAGCCAUUGCAGCAGGCGCUUGGGAAGCUGAGGAGCAAUGACGGUGGGACUCGUGGACCUGGUAUCUGUUCGUCUGAGCAAGAGCUGAAUGAUAUGAUACGCGGCUUGGAAUAUCGUAUUCAACAUGAGAGCAACACGUUAAACGAGGAGAAGCAGCUUCUCAAAGAGAUUAGGCAGCUUGAGGGGACGAGGGAUAAGGUGAUUGCUAAUGCGGCACUGAGAGCUAAGAUCAAGGAGUCUUUGGGUCAUAAAGAAGAUAUCCAAGAUCAAGUUAAGUCGAUGGGUUCUGGUCUGGACGGAGUUAAGAAAGAGCGGCAAGCAAUUUCAGCGAGGAUUGGUGAGCUGAGUGAAAAGAUUAAAGCUUCAAAAGACGGGAUACAAGUGCUAGAGGAUGAGCUUAAGAUUGUGACUGAGAAGAGGGACAAAACUUAUUCAAACAUUCAAGAGAUCAGAAAGCAACGUGAUGCCAAGAAUGCAAACUUUUACCAAAGCCGUGGUGUGUUGAACAAAGCUAGAGACUUGGCUGCACAAAAGAGAGUAGAAGACCUUGAGACGCUCUCUCAUGCUGAGGGUGAGAAAUUUAUGUCCCUCUGGCACAGUGACAAGAAGUUCAAAGAAGAUUAUGAAAAGAGACUCUUGCCGUCACUGGACGCUAGGCAGCUAAGCCGAGAUGGACGUAUGAGAAACCCUGAAGAGAAACCUCUGAUUACACCAGAGCCCUCGUCAAAGCCAAUGCCUUCUGAAACAGAGGUUGUGCCUAAGGCUAAAACAAAACAGCCUAAGGAGGAUCCAGUUUCUGCACCAAAGCCAGAUGUUAGUGUUCCUCAGAAAGAAUCUGGAAACAAAGCUAAAGAUGCUGGAAAAGCAAAGGAGACUAAGCCCAUCUCUGAUGAGGAAGAAGUGUAUGGACUUGGAAAACCGCUAAAGGAAGAGUCAAAACCGGUUGAUGAAGCUACGCUUAGGGAGAUGAGAAGGCAAGAAGAGAUUGCUAAAGCCAAACAAGCCAUGGAAAGGAAAAAGAAACAGGCGGCAAAGUCUGCAGCAAAAGCAGCUAUAAGAGCUCAAAAGGAAGCUGAAAAGAAAGAAAAGGAGCGUGAGAGGAAAGCAAAGAAGGACGACGCUGUAGAGCCUGAGGAAGUUCCAGAAGCUUCUGUACCAGAGAAAGAAGAGGUUGAAGAUCAAGAAAUGGAGAAACCCAUGGAAGAAAAAGCCUCAAAGGGGAAGAAACAGAUAAGGAAUAGGAUUCACAGAAGGGGACUAGAAACUCCUUUACCAAGACCGAGCCUGAAGCGUAAGAAGUCGAGUAAUAAUUACUUGGUUUGGGCAAUUCCUGCUGCUCUUGUGGUUCUGGUGCUUCUCGUGCUUGGUUACUAUUACGCUCUCUAGAUCAUAAUGACAAAAAUGAAGAGCCAACAGAAAAGUUAGAAGAGAAGACAAAGCCGCCUAGUGUGCUUGUUUUUUUGUAGCUUGGAAUCUUCAAAGUUGCAUUUUUUUUUGUUUACGUUUGGUUUUGAGGACAUAAGCUUUUGAAAAACGUUAGCAUACACUGAUAAAAGUUAAAGACUAUCUCCAGGGUACUUAGCAUC